UAGAGCGAGCGAGCGCGAGGAAAAGAGGAAGAAAAAAAUUAUUCGUUCGUAAAUGGAAUCGGAAUCUGAAAAUUACACCAUUUAACCAUUUAUUUACUUUUAUUUUGUUUAAAACAUAUGCAAAAGUAAAAUACAGUGCGUGUGAAAAUCGUGGCAAACAAAAGUUUUAAAAUAAAAAUAUCCCAACGUUGUGCAAAAGAUAAAAAGAAGUGACAAAUUGGAAAAUUGAUUGAGUCAAAAGGCAAGCAAAGAAGAGGGGGAGUGAAAGAAAUUGUCGCGUUGUUAAAAAAAGGUUGGCCAAGAAGAAAAAAACGGUUGUAAUUGUUGUGCACCGCCCGAUGUCUUAGAGAGAGAGGCCUAUGUGUACUUCUACUACUCGUCGUUAUUGUUGUUAUUUUUGUACAUCAUUACACACAGAUGAAUUACACGUAAAUAAAAUAAGAAUUAUAACAAAAACAACAAAAAUAAGGCCAGAAGUCAAGCCGCUGGAAAGUGGCAACAAAAGCAGCAAAACCACCUAAACGUAAAUAGUUCAGUGAUUCAUAUUUAUUAGUAAACGCCGAACGGCCGAUCAUCUCGUCGUCAUUGGUUAACUUCAUUAUUAUUGUUAUCGUCAUCGUCAUCAUCAUCAACUUCAACAUCAGCAACCAUUCAUCGCUGCGGAAACUGAAAAAAACACAAGCUCAACAUGAAUUCCGAGCACGGAUUCAAUCCGGCCUUUAAUAUGGCCACAAUACGGCAAGCCUUCUCUGAGGCUGUGGAAAGAGUGAGGAUGCCGACACCUACACGUUUAAGAGAUCUCAUAAGACAGAUACGUGCAGCUCGCACAGCUGCAGAGGAACGUGCUGUUGUUAAUAAAGAAUGUGCCUACAUACGCACCACUUUUCGUGAAGAGGAUCCAGUAUGGAGGUGUCGAAAUAUUGCCAAAUUACUGUACAUACACAUGCUGGGCUACCCGGCGCAUUUUGGCCAAUUGGAAUGUUUGAAACUUACCGCCAGCACACGUUUUACCGAUAAACGGAUUGGUUACCUGGGAGCCAUGCUAUUGUUGGAUGAACGUCAAGAUGUUCAUUUGCUCAUAACAAAUUGCUUAAAGAAUGAUUUAAACAGUUCAACACAAUUUGUUGUGGGAUUGGCUUUAUGCACACUGGGUGCUAUUGCCUCACCUGAAAUGGCACGUGAUUUGGCCAGCGAGGUGGAACGUCUCAUGAAAUCACCAAACACAUACAUUCGCAAAAAAGCAAUUCUUUGCGCCUUUCGUGUUAUUCGACGUGUACCCGAAUUAAUGGAAAUUUUCUUACCGGCCACACGCUCGCUGUUGAGUGAAAAGAAUCAUGGUAUUUUAAUUACUGGCGUCACAUUAAUUACGGAAAUGUGUGAAAAUAGUGCCGACACGUUAAUGCAUUUUAAAAAGGAUAGCGGAAAUCGAGAGAUUGUGCCGAAUUUAGUUCGCAUCUUGAAAAACCUCAUAUUGGGAGGUUAUUCGCCCGAACAUGAUGUAAGCGGCGUAAGCGAUCCAUUUUUACAAGUGAAAAUUUUACGUCUGUUACGCAUAUUGGGUCACAAUGACACGGAUGCCUCGGAGGCCAUGAACGAUAUACUGGCACAGGUGGCCACAAAUACGGAGACGAGUAAAAAUGUCGGCAAUACCAUAUUGUAUGAGACUGUUUUGUCAAUAAUGGAUAUACGAUCGGAAGGUGGCUUACGUGUUUUGGCUGUAAAUAUUUUGGGCCGAUUCCUAUUGAACUCGGACAAAAAUAUACGUUAUGUGGCUUUGAAUACACUUUUGCGUACAGUACAUGCAGAUACGUCCGCUGUACAGCGACAUCGUACUACAAUUUUGGAGUGCCUCAAAGAUCCUGAUGUGUCGAUACGAAAACGUGCUAUGGAAUUGUCAUUUGCUUUGAUAAAUGGCCAAAAUAUACGCACGAUGACAAAGGAGCUUUUGUUAUUCUUGGAAAAAGCUGAUCCCGAAUUCAAGGCUCAAUGUAGUUCGGGUAUGAUAUUGGCGGCGGAACGUUAUUCGCCAAAUACAAGAUGGCAUCUGGACACACAAUUAAGUGUCUUAAUAGCGGCUGGUAAUUAUGUACGUGAUGAUGUCGUUUCGUCGACAAUACAGCUUGUCUCCAGCAGUCCAGCGAUUGAGCAAACCUAUAUAACCACACGCUUUUGGGAAUCUUUACAAGUGGCCAAUCAUUGUGAAGAUAAACAGCCAUUAUUACAGGUGGCCGUUUGGGCCAUUGGUGAAUAUGGUGAUAUGUUUAUGUAUAGCGCAAAUGAUGAUGAUUUUGAACGUCCAUCAGAAAGUGAAUUGAUUGCAAUGUAUCAUAAAUUUUUAACAUCUGCUCAAGUUUCAACCACCAGUAAGCAAUAUGCUUUAGUGUCAUUAGCCAAGCUAAGCACCCGACUCCAGAGUUGUGUAGAAGAAAUUCAAGCAUUAAUUACCUCAUUUGGCAGCCAUUUAAAUGUGGAUUUACAGCAAAGAGGUGUAGAGUUCUCUCAACUAUUUGGCUCAUAUAAACAUUUGCGUCCACCUCUACUGGAGAAAAUGCCAGCAAUGCAAGUUAGUCGCAUGUCCUCACAAAACGGCGAGAGCAGCGGUUCAUAUGAUGAUCAAAGUCCUGAUCUAAUUGAAAAUGGUUUGGGUGACGAUCAAAUCGUCACUGAAAGCAAUAUGAAUACCAUGAGUGAUAACACUAAUAUCCUUUUAGAUCUAUUGGGUGGAUCAGAUUUAACAACACCAACACAAGAUUUAUCUGUACAAAAGAAAAAUACGCUCAACGCCAACAAUGAUACCACAACAACAUCGAAUAAUCAAGAUUUCCUUGAUUUACUCGGUUUGGACAUGUCUUCGACUCAAUCAUCCACAGCAGCGAAUGUUACCUCCAAUGUUGUCAGCACUGCCAACAUGAACAAUGUGCUGAUGGGCAGUGCAGGUGUUGGUGGUGGUGGUGGUGGUGGCGGCGGUCUUUUGGGUGAUUUGGGUAAUAUCAUUCCAACGACAGCCACCGCGCCUACAAAUGGCAAUGAUCUGUCAUCAAUUAGGGCUGCCGCUAGUAUAAAUAUGCCUUCGUUGGACCUAGCCACAGCGAAUUCUCUCGUCAAUGAUCCCCUAGCUAAUACAGCAGCUUCAAAUAAUGUUAGUGUGCCUCAAGGUCCGAAGUUGACAGCUCUGAACAAGAAUGGUGUUUUGGUUCAAUUAGUCCCAGUUAAGAUGAAUGAUAGUAUGCAAAUAUAUAUGACCACUACGAAUAGUUCAACAACAACGUUGGAACAAUAUCUAUUUCAGGCGGCAGUUCCUAAAAGUUUUACAUUGCAAAUGCUAUCGCCUUCCGGCUCUGUACUAGCACCAGGGGGUGUUAUAACGCAAGAAAUGCGCGUUGUCAGUACAUCAAAUGCUACUCUACGCAUGCGCAUACGCAUAUCAUAUGUCGCCGAUGGAGUGAAUGUUUUAGAGCAAACAGAAGUAAGUGGUUUUCCCGACACAACCCCCGAAUAGAACUUAGUUUAGGAUGAGCAAUUAUUUUAAUAAAUGCAAGGAAGCAAAAUAACAUAACGCUAAAUACUAAAACAUAAACAAAAGAUAAUGCAGUAUAAUAUUAAUAUAAAAAUAAUACUUAAUAAUUAAACAUUACCAUACACAAUAAUAAUAAUAAUAAAAAUAAAACAAAACCAAUAGUGAUGAUAACAUGAAACGUUAACGUAAAAAUAAUUUAGCAAAAAAUCAAACACUCACAUUAAGAACAGGUAAAGAAAUUUAACAAGAAGAAAAAUCAUCCAAGAACAAGGAAAUAACGAUCGUAUAUACUGAAGAAAAGAAAAACUCCCUCCCUUUUGCGAUACAAAAAUAAA